AGGUAAACCCUAACUUCAGAAUUCGCUAUUUUCGUGUUUGUUCAAGGUAGAUUUGAUCUUUAGAUUGAUUUUAAAUUUCAUUAUAAUACCCUAAUCUAUGCUCUGUUACUUGUAAACAACUUCUGAUACUUUUGCUAAAAUUGUGUUGAGAUGUUAUCUACUUCAGAUAAUUUUACUUGAACUGUUUGUCUAUGUUCUGCUACUUGUAGCAACUUCUGAUACUUGCUAAAAAUGGGUCAUGGGUGGAGAAUUUCGUUUUCAAUAAUGAAAGCAUAAUGUUGGCAUCUUAUUUCUAGUCUGCAAUUACAUUAUGAUACACUCUUAUAUAUUAACCAAUUAUGGGGAAGAACAUGUAGCCGAAGUAGGAUCAAUAAAUUGGUUCCCUAUGGAAAUUUGAGUGGGAAGUAUUCUAGUAUUUUUGUAAGUGUUACAACUUACGAGUUUUUUAUGAUUUUACUCUGGACUCCAGAGCAAUGUUAGUGACAUCAUUAAUUUAAUUUUGAUUUUUAUUAACUAAAUCAAAUAUUUUCAUACGAUCGUAUCCAAUUUUUUGGUAGUAGAUAGAUAAUUUUAUAGGCAUCAUGUAGCAUUUAGCCUUUCCCCUGUAGCUUUUAUGCUGUUUGCUGUACUGUGAUAUGAUGUGUGGUCUUCAAAUUAUAGUGUCCAACUAGCUAUAGUUGAAAACUCUUAACCACGACUGUGAAGCCCGGUUCUUCCUCCUCUGUUGGUCCAUCAUGUUUACUUUUUGGAGAUAAUGUGCCCUUUCAAAUUUAAAAUUAUGGUUUCCUCUGGAAAGAUGCUUAUGUAGAAAGGUUUUUGCUAAUUUUGUCAUCUCUAUUUUGAGUAGCUAUAUCUGAGUUUGAAUUAUGCUUGUAACAUUGUCUAUUUGUUUCACUUUUAUGGGCAUUAUUAUGUUUGUAGUAAGAUAUGCUUGUGCUUGGCAUUCAUUUUUUCAAGGUAAAUUUUCAAUACUUGACUAUUAAUGGUAGUGUUGUGUUGUGAAAAAGGCUUGUAUAAUUGUAUUCAUUCUGUAAAUGCAACAAGUUCUUGCUUUUCCCUCCCUUUCCUUCCAAUUACUUGUUAUCCAAACAAAGGUGUUGCCAUGUCUUUCUCUUACUUGUUAUCCAAACUGCCUGAGUUUAUAUUUUGUAUAGUAGACAAGUAGUAGACAAGUAUGAAGUAUGAAAGAAGGCAGUGUUUCUUGAAUUGUUGAGAUGUAUUGUAGUAUGUGUUGUACAAUAUUGAUUUCAUAUGUAUAUACAUGUAUAUAUUGGUUUAGGUUGAAACUUGUCAAUGAUAUAGUGUUGUUGAUUUUCUUUUCUACAGAAAAUGGCUCGAAUUGGUACUUCUUUGAAAAGGAAGAGAAAUUGGGACUUUAUUCGUUUCAUAAUUACUAUGAUUAAUUGUGUUGUGUUGCUACAUUUGAUAUGGUACACAAUGAGAAAAACUAUAUACAAUUCUCAUUCUCUAAAGCUAGAUAAAAAAACUAGAAGAAAGAUGAGAUUGCACAAUUUGAAUAGAAUGAUUAGAGAAAGUGACACUUUGUGUAGGAACUAUCUUCGUAUAAAUCGAUUCACAUUUGGUGUACUUUUAGAAAUGGUUAGAGAUAUUGGCGGAUUAAAUGAAACUAAAAACACAUGUUUGGAAGAGAUGGUUGCGGGUUUCUUAUACACAUUAGCUCACCAUAAGAAAAAUAGAAUGAUGGGUGCUCACUUUUAUAGAAGUGGUGAAACUAUUAGUAGACAAUUUCAUGCUUGUUUGUUAGCAAUCUUAAAGUUACAUGUUGUUCUUCUUAAGAAACCAACUCCAAUACGAGAGGAUUGUGACGAUGAAAGGUGGAAAUAUUUCAAGGUGCCCUUGAUGGUACAAUGAUUCUAGUUAA